AAAAAUAAAAUAAACCAUUAAUAUUCUAUAUGUGAUUUUCUAUAUCCAAAUCAUCACCACCAACUUUUAGAAAAAAAGUUCCAUUCCUUUGGUUCUUUUUUUUUUUUCUGUUGUUGUUCAAGAAUUCAAGGUGGUGAUUCUAAUUUUGUUUGUUGAAUGCAUGUCCCCUUGUCUCUUAGUAUUUGCAUCCCUUUACUCAUCUUCAUUUUUCAAAUUUCUAGAAUUUUUUUAGAAGUUUUUCUUCCAUUUCACAAAACCAAUACUUGAAAUUUAUCAAGAAAAUUGUAAAAAAGGUGGGACUUCAUAAGUUUCUUCAUGCAAAGGAUAUUGAUUUUGGCUCAAAACUGAAAAAGGAAUGUGAAUGGAAUUCAAGUUUUUGGCUUUGAUGAAUCCAGGAAUGUGUGAUUAUAGAAUAAAGUUUUGAUGUUUGUUUCUUGAAAGUUUACUAGAGUUGAAAAAUAUGAUUGUUGAUUUGAGUUUUUGAGGGAUUGUAAAGAAGAGAAUCUUGGUUCAACAAGAUUAGCAAAUUGGGAUUUUUUGGGCACUUCUAAUAGGAUGGAGGCACCAGCAGCUCAGCCAACUACUCCCCGGAAAAAGAUGACGAAACAAUUAACAGGAAAACGCGAUGAUAGUGCUUUGCAUUCAGCAGCUAGAGCUGGAAAUCUUGUUGCAAUAAAAAGUACUAUCGAGGAAACGGGUGAGGAAGAAUUGGCAGAGUUGUUGAUAAAGCAAAAUUCAGCUGGAGAGACCCCUUUAUAUGUUGCAGCUGAAUAUGGUUACUAUGAGGUGGUUAGGGAGAUGAUCAUGUACUAUGAUCUUGUUGCUGCUGGAAUCAAAGCGAGGAACGGGUUUGAUGCACUGCAUAUUGCUGCCAAACAAGGAGAUUUGGAUGUGGUGAAGGUAUUAAUAGAAGCACAUCCCGAGCUCGCAAUGACUGUUGAUGUUGUAAAUACGACAGCUUUGCAUACUGCAGCAAACCAAGGGCACAUAGAGAUGGUGAAUUAUCUCUUGGAGCAACAAAGCAGUUUGGCCACUAUAGCUAAAAGUAAUGGGAAAACAUCGUUACAUUCUUCUGCAAGAAAUGGACAUUUGCAGGUUUUGAAGGCUCUUUUGACUGAGGAGCCAGGGAUUGCAACACGGAUGGAUAAUAAGGGACAGACCGCACUUCACAUGGCUGUCAAAGGACAAAAUCUCGAGAUUGUGGAGGAGCUCACUAAAGCUGAUCCUUCAUUAGUUAACAUGGUUGACAAUAAGGGAAACACACCAUUGCAUAUUGCAGCUCGGAAAGGGAGGGCUGAGAUUGUUAAAUUGCUGCUUGCACAGAAUGAAACAGAUGCGGAAGUUAUCAAUAAAUCACAUGAGACAGCUCUAGACACUGCUGAGAAAAUGUCACAGGGUGAGACCGUAGCCAUCCUGCAGGAAUACGGGGUUCAGAGUGCCCGAGUCCUCAAGCCACAGCCAACGAAUCCAGCAAGAGAGUUGAAGCAAACUGUUAGUGACAUUAAGCACGAGGUGCAUGAUCAAUUAAAGCACACAAAACAGACAAGAAAACGCAUACAAGGCAUAACCAAACGGCUGCACAAGAUGCAACGGGAGGGCCUUAACAACGCGAUCAACUCAAGCACAGUCGUAGCUAUACUCAUUGCCACGAUUGCCUUUGCAGGAAUAUUCCAAGUGCCAGGUCAAUACUAUAUGGAUAAGGACAAACUCCCAGAGGGCCAUGUAAUUGGAGAAGCAAACAUAUCGAACCACCCUGGAUUCCUCGUGUUCUUUGUCUUCGACUCAGUCGCGUUAUUCAUCUCACUAUCAGUUGUGGUUGUCCAGACAACAGUGGUGGUGAUACAGCAAGGAGCAAAGAAGAAGUUGAUGUCAAUCAUAAACAAGCUACUGUGGAUAGCAUGUGUGUUUGUAUCAGUUGCAUACUUGGCUCUGUCAUUUGUAGUCGUUGGCCCGCGUUAUAGGCUGAUGGCGUAUAUUGUGACAGCUCUCGGAGCAGUUAUAAUGCUUUCAACAAUUGCAGUAAUGUUAUAUUGGGUCAUUAAGCAUCGGAUUGAGUCAUCAAACAAGAAGAGCAUGAGAAAGAACUCUCUGGUUAGCAAGUCUAUGGAAUUUUCUGAUUCUGCCCUCUCUGAUGACAACAAUGAAUUCAAAAUAUAUGCCUUAUAAAAUAUUGUAACUUUUUUUUUUUCCUUCUUCGAGUUAGGGGGAUUUGACAAUUGAAAUUUGUUUUUGGUGGAAAAUCUUGAGAGUAAUGUUAUGUUAACAUGUUUGCAUAUACUCUACCCUCCCCAGAUCACUUUGUGGGAUUAUGCUGGGUAUGUUGUUGUUGUUAUUGUGCUAUGUUAGCAUUUUUAUACAGCUCGAACAUCCAACUUACUAAUUGGCAAAACGAAUAUUCAAUCAAGUGAGAGUUUUUUUCAAAUUUCUAGUGUUACCUUAGCCAAUAGCUAAGAACUUGUAUAGAGCAGUAUUUUCUGGCAACAAUUGUUCUAUUGGUUUCUAAGUGAAAUUGAAUGGAAAAUGGAGAAAAGAAAAUUGAGGGAAAGUGAAA